AUGGUCAAAGUCCUCAUCUCCCUCGGCGUGUUGGCCGCUGCCGCUACGGCUGGCUCCGUCACGGAACUCCCCGAGUCUGUGACCAAGCUCAUCGACUACUCCAUCAACCCCUGCGAAGACUUUUACCAAUAUGCGUGUGGCGCGUGGCACAAGGAUGCUGUGGUACCCCCUGACAAGCAAAAAAUUGAUACGUCGUUCUAUGAGAUCGCCAUCCAAAACAAAGCCAUAUUCAAGAAGAUUUACUCUGACAACAAGACCAAGCUUGGUGAGUUUUACAACUCCUGUUUGGACACGGCUACGCUAUCGUCGCUCGGAUUGACUCCGCUUGAGGACUCAUUCAAAGCCAUUCGGUCGGCCAACACCACGUUGGACCUCCUCGUCGUGGCUGGUGAAUUGACCAAGAACGGCAUCCCUGUAUUCAUGGACAUCAAGUCCGAACCUGACUACAACGACUCAACCAAGCACGCCCUCUUCGGUUUUCGAGCCCCCCUACCGCUCGAUCGCCCGUACUACUUCAACUAUUUCAAGUGGAAGGCCGUCGAAGCCGAGUAUAAGGUGUACAUUGCGUCCGUGUUGCAGCUCGCUGGCUACACUGCUGAGAAAGCGGCGGCUGCCGUGCCGGUGAUCGUCCGUUUCGAGCAAACUCUGGAGGGUGUCAUCCCCAGAGAGCUCAAAGAGAUGGAGGCCGCUGCACCCCUGUAUACUGCUUUUACGUACUACCAACUGGACCAGAAGUACCCGCUGCUCAUCGGCUCGUGGCUCAAGGCCAACGGCUUCGACGUCCGCGAUGAGGGUGGUAGGUCGACGGUCUGGGCGGGGUUUCGCGAAGAGCACUACUUUGACAAGACCGAAGUGUUAUUGAAGAACACGACACUGGAGAACCUCCGCACCAUCGUGGAGUACAAGCUCAUCCACGCCUCGUCGAAGCACUUGACCCCUGAAUUUCGCACGGCCAACUGGAACUUCUUCGGCAAGAAGAUCAAAGGCGAAGACGUGGAACCUACUCGUGAGAAGUACUGCUUGUCUGAGACGGAGAAAACUUUGGGUGACCUCUUGGGCCAGUACUUCAUAGACGAGGUGUUUCCGGCUGAUACGGCCAAGAAGGCCGACGAACUGGUCAAGGCCUUGAAGUCGUCCUUCUCCACUGGCAUUGCCACCGCCGACUGGUUGGACAACUCGACCCGCGCCAACGCGCAAACGAAGCUGUCCAAGUUUGUACACUUGUUGGGUGGCCCGGAGAAGCCGCAGCUGUACCCCACGCUGACAUUGGACUCGAAGUCGUAUUUGAACAACCGGUGGAAGGUGUCUCAAGUGAACAUCGACACCAACUUGAAGCUGAACGGCCAACCUGUGAACAAGCACAAGUUCAUCCCGGCCCCCCAUGAUGUUAACGCGUUCUACCACCCCUAUACGAACCAAAUUGUGUUCCCGGCCGGCAUUUUGCAAAAACCGUUCUUUGACGGCCAGUUUGACGCCGCCCAGAACUUUGGUGCUAUCGGGAUGUUCAUCGGACACGAAAUUACACACGGGUUCGACCACAUCGGCCGCAAUUACGAUGGCGACGGUAACAAGAACCCGUGGUGGUCAAACGCCACCAACACUGCGUUCACGACGAGAGCCCAGUGCAUUCGAGCCCAAUACUCCAACUUUGUCGUCACGAGCGAAGUGACUGGCGCUGUGUUUGGCAACAUCAACGGCAAGAUCUCUUUGGGAGAAAACAUUGCGGACAACGGGGGUCUCAAGACCAGUUUCCGCGCGUAUCACGAGUACUUGAAGACGUUCCCGUCGCAGUACACGGAAGAAGCAGGCGACAAGUUGUUCUACUUGUCGUUCGCCCAAGCCUGGUGCUCCAAGAACGCGGAUGACUACCUCCGCUCAAUUUUGAGGAGCAAGUACCUGUCCGGUCGGCUCCGCGUGACAGGGGCGUUGCAAAACAACGCUGAGUUUGCCCGUGUGUUCCAGUGCCCCACCGACUCGCACUUGAACCCGUCCAAGAAGUGCUUAUUGUGGGAGUAG